CACAAGUUCAUCAAACAACCGCAGUAAGAAUAUUUCAUCAAGCACGGUGAGUAAUGGCUUCUCCUACAAUUGUUAUUUGCACCUCUUGCCACAUGUACAGUUUAUCUAUCUCUGUCGCUGAUGAGGGAUUCACAUGUGAUAAAUGCAGGGAAACAGUUAGGCUGACAGAGAAGAUUUCAGAAUUAGAGACACGCAUCCAAACUUUAAUUGAGGACAGUAAGAAUGUUAGGGCUCUAGAUAUGGCUUUGGAUGCGUCUAGCUCAGGGAUUCCUGUACAUUGUCCGGUUCCAGCAGAGCCCCUGCAGCAGGGCAACUGGGUGACGGUGAGGCAGCGUAGUCGUGGGUCAAAACACCGCUCUUCUGUUCCGAUCAAAACAUUAAACAGGUUCUCCCCACUCAGUGAUGCACCCACUGAGAAACCUGAUGAAAGUGCUCUAGUUAUUGGCGAUUCUAUUGUACGGAACGUGAAUAUAGAGACACCAGCCACCAUAGUCAAAUGUUUACCGGGAGCCAGAGCGCCUGACAUCUUGGCAAAUUUAAAAGUGCUGGCUAAUGCUAAACGUAAAUACAGUAAGAUUGUUAUUCAUGCCGGCGCUAAUGAUGUUCGACUUCGCCAGUCGGAGAUCACUAAAAAUAACUUUAAAGAGGUGUGUGAACUUGCAAGCACGAUGUCAGACACUGUAAUAUGCUCUGGUCCCCUCCCUGCUUACCGUGGUGAUGAGAUGCAUAGCAGAUUGUCAUCACUCAAUGGCUGGAUGUCUAAGUGGUGCCCACAGAAUAACAUAGGUUAUAUAGACAAUUGGACGAGCUUUUGGGGCAGACCUGACCUGUUUAAAAGAGAUGGUCUUCAUCCCUCCUGGGGUGGCGCCACUCUUCUGUCUAGAAAUAUGGCAAAUAGUCUUAGUGUUUAUACUUGACUAACUGGGGCCCAGGUCAGGAAGCAGACAGACUGGCUAAACCGACCGUCUGCUAGCUGCCUCCCGUCACAGAGGUCAGUUAAUUCUCAGCACAUAGAGACUCUUUCACCUAGAUAUCACACUAUAGAGACUGUGUCUGUUCCACGAACUAGAAAAUACAAAAAACGUCCAAACCAAGUUAAGGUUAACAAUUUAAUUGAGGUUCAACAAAUAAAAAACAAAUGCAAUAUGGAUAAACAAAUGAUAAAGAUUGGCUUAUUGAAUAUCAGAUCCAUUUCUACGAAAACACUUUUUGUAAAUAAUAUGAUAACUGAUCAUAAUAUAGAUGUGCUCUGCUUGACAGAAACCUGGCUAAAACCUGAUGAUUACAUUAUUUUAAAUGAGUCCACCCCCCAAGAUUAUUGUUAUAAACACGAGCCGCGUCUUAAAGGCAAAGGGGGAGGUGUUGCUUCAAUUUAUAAUAACGUUUUCAGGAUUUCUCAGAGGGCAGGCUUCAAGUAUAACUCGUUUGAAGUAAUGGUGCUUCAUAUAACAUUAUCCAGAGAAACCAAUGUUAAUGAUAAAUCCCCUGUUAUGUUUGUACUGGCUACUGUAUACAGGCCACCAGGGCACCAUACAGACUUUAUUAAAGAGUUUGGUGAUUUUACAUCCGAGUUAGUUCUGGCUGCAGAUAAAGUCUUAAUAGUUGGUGAUUUUAAUAUCCAUGUCGAUAAUGAAAAAGAUGUAUUGGGAUCAGCAUUUAUAGACAUUCUGAACUCUAUUGGUGUUAGACAACACGUUUCAGGACCUACUCAUUGUCGAAAUCAUACUCUAGAUUUAAUACUGUCACAUGGAAUUGAUGUUGAUAGUGUUGAAAUUAUUCAGCCAAGUGAUGAUAUCUCAGAUCAUUAUUUAGUUCUGUGUAAACUUCAUAUAGCCAAAAUUGUAAAUUCUACUUCUUGUUACAAGUAUCGAAGAACCAUCACUUCUACCACAAAAGACUGCUUUUUAAGUUAUCUUCCUGAUGUAUCCGAAUUCCUUAGCAUAUCCAAAACCUCAGAACAACUUGAUGAUGUAACAGAAACUAUGGACUCUCUCUUUUCUAGCACUUUAAAUACAGUUGCUCCUUUACGCUUAAGAAAGGUUAAGGAAAACAGUUUGACACCAUGGUAUAAUGAGCAUACUCGCACCCUAAAGAGAGCAGCCCGAAAAAUG